GAAUUGAAAUAAUUAUAAAAUGAUAAUAUUUAGAACUUCUUGCUUGAAGGUGUUGUUUUUAUGAUUGACAAUACUUCUCCUAUCUCAACCCUCACUUUGUAAGAAAUGAAGAGCUCUAGCUCUUUCAGGAGGAGGAGAUAAAGGAUCUUACCAAGCGAGUGUAUUCAUCGAAUUCACCAAUCAUCUUCCAAUUGCCGAAGUCUCCUAUGACGUGGUAACAGGAGCAUCAGCAGGAUCACUGAAUGGAGCUGGAAUUUCACUUUUUGCUCCUGGCCACGAAAAAGACGCAGCUACGUUCAUAUACGGGCUAUGGCAUUCCAUCAAAUCUAGUGAUAUCCUUAAAGUUCCAGAUGACGGAAUCCUCUAUAGCCUCUUCUUCAAGCAAGGUAUUUUCGAUAAUUCUCCUCUCGAGGAAUUUUUAUAUAAGCAGUCUAAAGGGAAAACAAUUGAAAGAAAGUUUACAGUUGUUGUAACCAACUCAGAAACAGGAUUUUCUGAAUUUAUUGAUUACAACCACUCUGAUACGAUCCCUGAGGAUGCUAUCCCCACAAUAGUAGGCUCCUCAGCUAUUCCAUUUGCCUUCCCUCCGAUGAAAAGGGAAGGCAAAACCUUAAUCGAUGGAGGGUGAAUUUGGAAUCUUGAUGUAACAGGAGCCAUCAGAAGAUGCAAAGAAGUAGUUGAAGACGAGAAAGACAUUAUUGUUGACAUCAUUCUUUGUACACGAUAUUACCUCGAGGAACGAAAGAAUCUGAAAAACUUCUCCGCUCUAGACCACUACUUCAGAGCCAGAGAGAUUGAAGAGUGGCAGUUUAAUAUGCAAGAUGUAGAGAGAGCAGUCGAGAUGUACCCCGAUGUUAAUUUCAGAUAUGUUAUCGGACCUUCAGAAAUACUCUCAAACAGCCCUAUCCCACUUGAUUUCUCAGAAGACCACCUCAACAAAUGAUUCGAAAUCGGACAAAAAGAUGCUGAGGCUGCUCUCAGAAUGGGUGAAGGAGGCUACCUCUCUGCAAUGAUGGAUCACUACAAAGAGUACAAGAAUGGUGGAAACAGAGACCUUCGAGACUUCAUUAACCUCAGACUCGAGAGUGCUCCUCACGGAGAGUCCGAAUAGAUCAGAUAAUUUUCUUUAAAGCCAAAUUAUAAUUAGCUCAUUUUGCAGCUGAUUC